GUCAAAGUCAAAAACACGUGCCUGCAUUUAUUUCAUUGAAUUUCUUAAAUUUUAUUAUAAAUAAUAAUAAAUACUACUUUAUUUAAAGAAUACUCCUCCAAUGAAAAUAUAGAACAAUACCAUAUUUUCAUCAAGCCACUUUAAUGAAACCAUAGCGAUAUGGGUAGUUUACUGAAAGAAGUUUAUGAGAAGAGUGCUGAAUAUUCGGCAUUCUAUACAGGCGGCGACAUCCAAUGGACUGCCGAUGGUUCACAACUCCUCUGCCAAUGUGACGACGCUAUCAAGGUAAUUGAUGUGAACACUUUCUCGAAUGUUCUUACUAUUGGGGAGGCUGAAGAUGGAGCAGAGAAUGACCAAAUAUACACUUUUCAAUUGUCUCAUGGAAAUGAUAUGGUUAUUACCGCACACAAAAGUGGUUUGAUCAAAUUAUGGGAUAAAACAACUGGAAAUCAGCAAAAAGUGUGGAGGUCUGGCCAUAAAGGACCAGUUGCUAGAUUAGCAUUUGACCCUACUGAUGCAAAUGUAGCUUCAGGAGGGUCUGAUGGUGCCGUAAGGUUAUGGGAUCUCUCCUACAAUACCUGCACCAGCAGUCUUCGUGGAGCUAUGGGAGUUUUUACGGUUUUGAAGUAUCAUCCUGACUCUACUAAACAACUUGUUUUUGGGGCAGCAGAUGAUACAAAAAUAAGGUCUUGGAAUUCUAAAACUGGAAAAGAAUGUAUGACUUAUUCAGGACACUUCAGUAAAGUGACAUCACUACAGUUUACUAGUGAUGGCCAACACAUGGUGAGUUCUGGCAGAGAUAGAGUGUUAAUUUUGUGGAACUUAAAUGAAAGCAAGGCUUUGAGAACAGUUCCAGUUUAUGAAAGUAUUGAAGAUACAUUACUGCUGCCAUCUUCAUUUAAGAUACCUAACUUCAAGAAGAAGUUGGAAAUGGAAGGCAUUUAUGUAGCUUGUGCUGGGGAAAAGGGAGUUGUGAAAAUUUGGAACAUACAAAUGAGCAGGUUGAUGUAUGAGCAAACCAACAGUCUUGUAUCGCCAUCUACUGAGGAUGGAGGCUUGGCUAUCACCCAUUUGCUAUUCAAUGAAGCUAGAAAUGUGUUGUCAGUAGUCACAGUGGAUCACAAUAUUAUAAUACAUGAUUUAGAAACAUUCAACUGUAUGAAACAAAUGAUUGGAUUUACGGAUGAAGUGCUAGAUAUUAUUUUCUUAGGCAAAGAUGAAUCACAUAUUGUGGUGGCUACAAACAGUUGGGACUUAAAGUAUUAUGAGAUUGAUAACAUGAAUUGUCAAAUUAUCAAAGGACAUACAGAUAUUGUUCUAGCUUUGGCAUGUUUCCCUACAAGGCCAGACAUGUUUGUGUCCUCAGGAAAAGAUAAUUCUGUCAGGAUUUGGCUACAAGACUCAAAUAAUCAAAUCAAAUGUAUAGGAAUGGGAGCUAGGCAUACUGCAUCAGUCGGUUCUGUGUUUACUUCACAAACAUCUAAUAAUUUUUUCACAUCUGUGAGUCAAGACAACUGUCUAAAAGUUUGGACAGUUCCUUCAGACCUUGACACAUGUGAUCAAAAAAUUAAAUCGACUUUCACUGAGUUGGCGCAUCAGAUGGACAUAAAUUGUGUUGCUGUGUCUCCAAACGAUAAAAUGAUUGCUACUGGCUCUCAGGAUAAAACAGCAAAGCUUUGGACAGAAGAAUUAUCUCUAUUGGGAGUGUUAAAAGGGCAUAGGAGAGGUGUGUGGUGUGUGAGGUUUUCUCCAGUUGACCAAGUGAUAUUGACAUCCUCAGCUGAUUGCACCAUGAAGCUCUGGUCAAUAGCAGAUUUAAGUUGUUUAAAAACUUUUGAGGGCCAUGAAAGUUCAGUACUAAAAAUUGAAUUCUUAAGUAGAGGUCAACAAGUAAUUUCAAGUGGAGCUGAUGGUCUUCUGAAACUUUGGAACAUAAAGUCAUCAGAGUGCAAAAUGUCACUAGACAAUCAUGAAGGCAAAGUUUGGUCACUGGCUGUAAAUAAAUCUGAAUCACAGAUAAUAACUGGAGGCUCAGACUCGAAACUUGUAAAACUGAAAGACGUCACUGUUGAGCGUCGCGAACAAAUGGCGAAAGAAAGAGAAGAACGAAUACUACAGGAACAAGAAUUGAUGAAUUUAUUACAUGACAAAAAGUUGGUAAAAGCCUUAAAACUUGCUUUGCGAAUGGAGAGACCUCUGCAGGUCCUAAAAAUUGUAAAUGAAGUUUUGAAGUAUGGCAAUGAAAAGUUAUAUGAGACACUGAAGGAAAUAAAUCACACUCAAAAAGAAAUUUUGCUUAAAUUUGCUUCUGAAUGGAAUACAAAUAAUAAGAAUUGCCACGCAGCUCAACUAGUCUUCAACAUCUUGGCACCCGAAAUUCUUUCUGGACAAUUGAAAGUACCGUCUUUAACAAGUUUCAUUGAAGGGGCUCUCCCAUAUACCGAAAGACAUUUCGAAAGAUUGACUAAUUUAAUGCAAGAUUUAAACUUUAUCACAUACACUGUAAACUGUAUGCAACCUCAUAGUGUUAAAGAUGUGUAAAUUAAACAAAUACAUGCAU